UUACUGAGAUGUCACAUUACUGAGAUGUCACAUUACUGAGAUGUCACAUUACUGAGAUGUCACGCUGAGAUGUCACAUUACUGAGAUGCCACAAUAAGAUGUUCCACUCCAUGCCACAUUGGGAGGUGACAUUCAGGUCUAGUUCCUCAUCAGUCAUGUAUGUUAACUAACCACGCCAGCGACGGUAUGACACUAGCCACAACAUACUUAAUCCCCGAUAAUCUAACUUGACCUUGAACUCACUAGAGAUUGGUGCCAUUUGUCUAAAGAAACAUGGGGCGGAUUAUUUUCACAGAACUUGACAAAACACUUUCCGAAUGUUCGAGAUUGAGUAGCCAAACGAUGCAGUAAACAGGUGAUAUGUGGAAACGUUUUUAAAAUUCUUCAUCUCUCUCGUCACGUGACCCCCCAGCUUGAGAUGGCGACACUCGAAGUCUUCCACGGCUUCACGUCCUACGUCACCUACACCAACACGUCACCGGCCUACUACGAUGACGUCACCAACGCGUCAUCGUACGCCCCCGAGCACGUGGCGACGGUGGCCGAGUCCUUAAGGACCACGCGGUUUGUCGUGCAGAAUGUCCUGACCCCCAUCGUGGCCACGGUAGGACUUCUGGGCAACAUCCUCAACAUCUUGGUCCUUUUUCAGCCCAGCAUGAGAACCUCCACCAACGUCUACCUGCUGGUUCUCUCGCUGGCCGAUAGCGUGUUCCUGCUCUUCAACUUCAUCCUCUCCAUCCUGGACUGCAGCAGACGCGACCUGGCCGAGACGGCGUACCACUUCAACCCGUACGGCAGGUUCGUCAGCAACUACUCCGGUAACGUGGCUGUGUGGGUGACGGUGGUCUUCACGGUGGAGCGGUACAUCGCCGUCUGCCACCCCAUCCACGGGAAAGUCUGGUGCACGGUGAACCGGGCUAAGCUGGCGUCCAUGGCCGUGACGGUGCUAGUCGUGGCCAACACCGUGCCGACGUUGUUCGAGCUCAAAGUGGUCAGCACGCCGCGGGGCCUCAAGUGUACGGACACGGAGUUCGCGCAGAGCUUCGGCUACGAGCACGUGUACGCCUGGUGGUACGUCACCGUCUUCACCUUCAUCCCCCUCGUCUGCCUCACCAUCUUCAACAUCAUCCUCAUCCGGGCUCUCUUCGUGGCCACGCGGCGCCGCGAACAGCUAGCCCUCAUCUCAACAAGCCACCACCACACCUCCAACGGGAAGGAGAAGAAGCACCAGCUCAACCACCACCACAGUGGGCUACACCACAGCAGCAACCACAUCAGCCAGAUCCACUUCUCCGACAACGUCUCCUCCUCCCACACCUCUGACCGGUCCUCCCCCUCCUCCGCCACCAUCUCCCUCACCAAAAAACGCCAGAGCCGGCGCUUCUCGCGUGAGCAGAACAAAGUCACGCUGCUACUGGUCACGAUCGUGAUGAUCUUCCUGCUGUGCCAGCUGCCGUGGACGACGCUGCACCUCUACAACACCUACAUCGCCAGCAAUAACCUGACCAGCAGCACCAGCAGCCGCACGGCCGUCAAGAUAGCCGGCAACAUCUGCAACCUGCUGGGGCUAGUCAACGCCUCGGUCAACUUCUACCUGUACUCGUGUUUCAGCAAACGGUUUAGACGUACCCUCGCCAAGCUCGUCAUGUUCUGGAGGCGACGUCACUCGUCCCCCACAACCGUUUAACAUCGGCUCUAACUCUAACCUUAACCCUGUACUCAAUUAAUUCAUAAAACGAUACAAACUCGCCUCGCGUUACAUGGAUUAUUAUUUCUAGAAUGUGCUUUAUUCAUGUUAACCUGCCUACAAGCUACAGUAUAGAUGACAUGUAGCUGCUUAUAUUUAUGUAAACUAUUGUUUAA